CUACUUUAUUUACCCGAUUGGAUUAUUACACAUUGAUUGAACUUGAAAACAUAUUUAGCUGUAUUGAUGUAAUUUUUAAUAUAAUUUAAAAUCAAAUUAUAAUGUUUAGUUUUAUCUAGGUUACGUAAUAUAUAUAUAUUUCAUAAUGGCCGUUGGUAAUCAAAAUAACUAUUCUAAAUUUGAAGAAUUGUCUGAUAUAGAGAAGCAAAGACUAGUUACACUUUUUAAACAAUUAGAUGUUAAUAAUGAUGGCAAAAUUACCGCUGAAGAUUUGGUCGUGGCUUUUAAAGAAAUGGGUAUUCCAUAUACUCCAGAUGGCUGUAUUCAGGUUCGGGUAGAAAAAAUGGGAUCACUUAACUUCAAUGAUUUCUUUCACUUCAUCCAGGAAUCUGAACAACGGCUCAUGGAUUUGUUCAAAUACAUGGAUGAAAAUAGAGAUGGUAUCAUCGAUGCGGAUGAAAUUGUGAGUGCAUUUGCACAGUAUCAUGUUAGAAUUGAAAAAGAAGAAGCAUUAGUUCUAUUAAAAAGAAUGGAUAAGGAUGAUUCUCAAACGAUAUCUUUUAAUGAAUGGAGGGAUUAUUUACUUUUUUUACCAAGCUUUGAAUUAGGAGACCUUUUACGUUCCUGGAGGCAUGCUACUUUUCUAGAUAUAGGUGAAAACUAUUUAGUGCCAGAAGAUUUCACCAAAAAAGAGAUGCAAACAGGAAUGUGGUGGCGACAUUUAGUGGCAGGAGGUAUAGCUGGAGGUGUCUCUCGGACAUGUACAGCUCCUUUAGAUAGAAUUAAAGUGUUUCUUCAGGUUAGAGGGGGAGAAUAUAGUUCAAUAGGUUCCUGUUUAAGGCAUAUGCUUAAAGAAGGUGGAUAUAUCUCUUUGUGGAGAGGUAACGGAGUGAAUGUAUUGAAAAUUGCACCUGAAACUGCUAUUAAGUUUGCAGCAUAUGAACAGCUGAAGCCUUUAAUACGAGGUCAUUCAGAGAGAGAGCUGCAGAUUUAUGAAAGGUUUCUUGCAGGUUCAAUAGCUGGUGGUGUUGCUCAGUCUUCAAUUUAUCCUUUAGAGGUUUUGAAAACCAGAUUAGCUCUUAGAAAAACAGGACAGUACAAAGGUGCUUGGGAUGCAGUAUGUAAAAUUUACAAAACUGAAGGUCUUCGUAGCUUCUAUAAAGGUUAUUUGCCAAAUUUACUAGGAAUUAUACCAUAUGCUGGUAUUGACCUUGCAAUUUAUGAGACUUUAAAAAAGUCUUAUACGGCACGACAUCCUGAAGUCACAGAACCUGGUCCCAUGGUGCUCUUAGGCUGUGGUACUGCUAGUAGUUCAUGUGGUCAAAUUGCUAGCUAUCCCUUAGCAUUAAUUCGAACUCGUCUUCAAGCACAAGCUGUUACCCCUGAUCACUCACAAGAGGCUGGCACUAUGAUUGGACUUUUUAAAACUAUUAUUAAGCGUGAAGGUGUGGCUGGACUGUAUCGUGGUAUAACACCUAAUUUUAUGAAGGUUGCUCCUGCUGUUAGUAUAAGCUAUGUAGUUUAUGAAUAUUCAAGGAGUAAAUUAGGUGUGAAAUCAACAUAAAUUCAGAAAGCCAAGAGGUGUUGAAUUCCUCAGAGCACAUGAAUGUACUGCUGCAAUAUUUUUUUUUCUUUGUUUUGUAAUUUUAGUUUGAGUUUUAAUAGCAACUAAAUUUUAAUCUUUAAAACAUUAAAAGAGUCUUUAGAAAAAAUGUAAUUUUGAAACAGACAUUUGACAGUUGUGUAAAAAAAAUGCACAUUGUUGGAUUUUUAUUUAAGCUAAUUAAAUAUAUAUAUAAAUAAUCAGAUGUUUACUAAAAAUUGUUAUAUUUGAAAUAUGUAUUAUAUAUGGAUGUAAAUGAUGUAUAUUAUAAUUUUCAUGUUAUAUUGAAUUGUUGUAAGAAGUAUUGAUUUCAAUUAAUUUUAAUAGCACUAAUGUUUGUAAUGUAAAGAAAAAGAUAAUUUAUUUAACUUGCUUUAAUGAUAAAUAAUUCAUAUUUAGAUAUGUAUAUGCUUUUAUUCUUUUAGCUGCAGCUGUACAUCAUAUAAUCUGAAAUGGGUGUUAUUUUUAUAAUUGUUGCCAUGUAUUUAUCUAGUAUCUGUGAUAAGGCAGCAAAUUUUUCAUCUUAAAAUAAGAUGUUACUCAUUUAAUAAAUUGAUACGUUUUAGUAACUAGUGAUAGUUUCCUUACAAUGUCAUAUAAACAUGCAUUUCAGAACAACAGGGGGAGAGUUUUUUUGUUUGUUACCUUAAAUCUUUUUUAAUGCAAUUUCAUUGUUUCUCAAUUUAUAUAAAGUGUGCCUCUAUAAAAAACUUAGUAUUCUGUUUUUCUUUAAAUAAAAAUUGUUUUCUUAUUUUCUCCCCCUUCUCAAUCCAAUUCUGCCUGAUGCAGUACUCCUGUCAAUCUAUGCAAAUACCAACACACAUCUAUGCCUUUAUUGAUAUUUAUAUUUCAUAUCUGUUGUGAAUGUCAUUUUAAGAUACUUCUAUUUUGCAUAGUUGUUUAACUUUGUUGAUUCAUUAGUGGGUAAAUUUUAGACUUUGGCUUUGUAAAUAUUUACUGUAUUUAUGAAUUGGAUAAUAAAAUCAAGAACUUAUAAAAAAAAUGAUUAACUUCAAAGUAUAUCAGUCAUAAAGUGCAUGUACUCUGGUAAUUAAAUGUACAAUUAUUUGUCAACAUUUUAAAGAUUUUUUUUGUAUGUUUCAGUAAUAUCUAGCUAGGCAGAAAUAUAAAAUGAAUCCAUUUAAUUCAGUUCAUUAUUUAAAUGCAAAUCUUAUUUUUUUUUAUUGCUCAAGAUCUUAAACAGAUUUCUAUGAAUGAAAUUAAGUCAAUAUGCUACAUAUAGGAAGAUCUUGAAGUAGAGUCUAUUUAUUCAGGUGUCAAUUAUCAAUUUUAUUUAACAACUAAAUUUAUUGUUUAUUAAAGAAUGCUUCCAUUUUGCCUUUCCAUCCUUAACAUUAUAAUCAUAUAAAGAUUUGGCAUAUAUUAAAUAAGAGUAUAAUUAUUAAAGAUAAUCUUUUUAAUUAUAAUUUGAACUAUUAAAUCAUAGCAUUACUUAUUUAUUAAUUAUUAAAUUAUAUUGUAUCUUAUUUGAGAUAGUUGGAAAGUUAAAUACUUAAUUAAUAUUUAAAUAAAAUCAGUCUUGUAAAGGCAACUAUGUAUUGUCUAUUCACUUUUCAAUGUCUUGAGAAAUGAUAUAUAAAUCACUGAUCUUCAAUCAAUUUGUAACAUUAUUUUGCUAACUUACUUUCAGAAAUUUCUUUAGAUAAAUAGUAAAUGAAAACUUUUUUUUUAAUAAGCUCUAUUUGUUUCUUAUUCAAUUUUUUAAUAAAUGGUAGUUUUUAAUCAUUUAACUAUUUCAUAUUGUAAAUGUUAAAUGUCUAUUUUGUUUCAUUGUUACUUAUUUUUAACUGCUGUCUAAAUAAUUCUGCCAAAGUGCAUUUGCUGCCUUUUGUAUUGUGCAAAUUUUGUUUUUGUCAAGAGAAAAUGUAUAUUUAUUUAUUUAUUUCAUCUGUGUAACAAGUGGUUUCUUCAUCAUUUUUAUAUUUAAUGAUAAUUUUAAGCCAAAUAAUUAUUUUUAAUGUCCAUUAGCUUAUUUAAUUACAAAUUCUUUGCAGAGUAUUUUUUUAAUCAAAACAAUUCAAUUUAGCAUUGUACAAAUGUAAAAAUAUAUUUACUGAAUCUUUCAAUUUCUCUAAUAUAUAAAAUAUGAUUUCAGCUUCCAAUAUAAUUAGCUAAUAUAACAAACCAUAGAAUAUUUUGACUAUCAGUGUACUUUAAAAGUUCAAAUAAUUGUAAAUAUUCAUUUAGCAUCUUUUCAUGUCUUUCACAUUGUAUAUUGCAAGUUUUUUCUUUGUUGUUUAUGAAGUUUGUUUGUUUCUUUUUUCAUGAAAGAAUUUUUCUUAAUUUAUUUUACUUCUCACUUUGUUAACAAAAAUCAUUCCAAGGGAAAAAACUAGGACAAAAAAAAAAGUGCUUUUUCAAAGUUCUGCAUUUUUAUUUGCUUAGCUGCUGUGUUAUUAAUUUUCCCUUUUUUCAAGUGUAUAAUAUUUUUAUAAAUAUAUAAAGAACUAAUUUCAAAGAGCACUUUAUUUUUAUUUUAUGCAGCUUUGUUCACGUUUAAUUCUGCUGUACUUUAAGUAUUUAUGCUUUGGGUGCUAGUUGUACAUAUAUUCAGUUCUUAUUGAAAUAAAAUUGAUCUGUGCAUUUUUUACAUAUUGUCUGUUUUCUUACAAUGAUAUAAAAUUACAGCAUCUUUCAGUACUUUACAUAAAAUUUUAAUUAAAGCCCAAAUUACAAAAAAAAAAAAAAAA